GCUCGUGUGAGAUGGAUCGGACUAUGUAAAAUGGCUGCGCCUCCGAAGCCUUGGGAAAGUCCAGGAGUAAACAGAUUACAAAGCUCGCCUAGUGUACCAUCAAACAACAUGUCAGGACCAGGUGCACCACUCCCGCCAUGUUGUACAGGACCAGCAGCAGGAAUAAGCAGAGAGCCACCUCCACUGCCUGGCAGACCGUCCCAACAAGGCAUGUAUGGCAGUCGUAUGUCCAGUAUGUCUGGGUAUGGAGGGGGAUAUGGUGGCAUGGGGUAUGGGUCCUCCUACAUGAGUCCAUACAGCAGUUUAGGUGGAGGCAUGUAUGGUAGUCCGUACAGCAGUAUGGGUGGAUAUGGAAUGGGCUACAACAGAUAUGGGAUGAACGGACCCGAAGAUCAGUAUAAUGGAUUUACCCGGCAGGCAGAGGAGAGUUCCAGACAAGCCUUUCAGUCUGUUGAAAGUAUUGUAAAUGCAUUUACAUCUGUCAGUAUGAUGUUGGACUCAACAUUUCAGGCAGUGUACAAUUCCUUUCGAGCAGUACUUGGAGUGGCAGACAAUUUUUCAAGACUGAAAAUGCAAUUAGGACAAGUUUUUUCUGCACUGGCUCUCUUUCGAAUGAUCCGAUACAUGUACAGGAAGUUGUUGGUAUUGCUUCGCCUCAGACCAGCAGGAUAUGCAGAGGAAGCAUGGACACAAGCCUCAGAUACUGUAGAACAGCUUGCUGCUGAAGCUGCAAAAGAUCCAAAGAAAUCCUCCUGGCCAAUCCUUGUGUUUUCUGGAAUCAUCCUCGGUGCACCUUGGUUGAUAUGGAAAUUUAUCAACAGAAUGGCCGAUCCAGCAGAAGAGAAAAAUUGGGCAUCAGGUGAAGAAGAUCACUUUGUGGCUCGAGCCGAGUUUGACUUUAAAGGUGAAUCAAGCAAUGAGCUGUCCUUCAGUGCUGGACAAAACAUCAACAUCGCUCCUAAAGAGCUACAGCCAAGAAUGAAGGGUUGGCUUUUGGGUAGUAUCGAUGGAAAGAAAACGGGCAUCCUUCCUGCUAAUUAUGUGAAAGUGUUGGGCAAGAAGAGAGGAACUCGCUACACUGAAGCAGUUGCUCUAGAGAAUGCCCUUACUCCACUCAACCCUACACAAGCUAUCCCCCAGAUUGAUCCCCAACAAGAAAAGUCCUGUUGCAAAAGUACACCACAACAAGAAAACUCAUUUCCUCAAAGUGUGCCUCAACAAGAAAAGUCCUGUUGCCAUGGUUCCAGUAAGCCUGUGUCAGUGUUAGACAGCAUACCAGAGGGUCAGGCUUUGGAAGACGUCUUCCAGAGUGACCGUAACCAAGGAAGCAUGCCUAGUACUGAUUCCAGUGUCAGCAACACCACCAUCAACGAUAUGAAUGCUGAGGACAUUUUGGGUGGGAAUACAAAUAAUCUUGAUUGAUACUUUGUGAACCACCAGUGUAAGCUGUUUAAGUCUUUCAUUUAUGUACUGUAGAUAUUUUUCAGGAAUAUCAAUAUUUGUGAUUAACUGUUGUGGUACCCCAUCUAAGAACAUUACCAAAAAAAAGGUGUAUAAUAUUCCUACUAUCCAUUGAAUGACUUGUUUCACAUAGCAAUGUCAGACUUAUCGGUUAAAUUUUUAGUUCAGUUUGGCAAAUGAAUACAUGCAGGUGAAAAAAACAGAGAAUACCCGUAUUUUAUCUAGCAAACAAGAAAAUAUAGGGAAACAAUGGCGAAAGGUAUGACAUUAGUGCUGCAACGAUACGCUUCCCUCACGAUACGAUACGUAUCACGAUACUUGUCUCACGGUACGAUACGUAUCACGGUACUUGUCUCACGGUACGAUACGUAUCACGGUACAUUUACAUUAGUUUAUCCUGUCUGAAAAUUGGAGGGAUACAAACAUAAAUCCAGGGGUACUAUCAUGAAUUCACUAGUCAAGGUUACUUAUUUCUACAAAUUUAGACAUCACAUUACAGCUGUAAUUAUAAAAAAUGUUAAUAAAGUUUAAUUAAAAAAAAUUGACUCUUAAAAGUUUUGACAUGCUUAUUAUCAAUAAGGCAUUUUGACAAUUGACACAUUGGGUUAAUACAGAACGUAUAUGUUUUAUAAAGAUUAAUUGUUUUCUUCUUAAAUUAUCUAAUUUAAAUCUCGAAUUAGUUGUUUUCAAUUAGAAUUUUACUCAAUUUCCAAUUGAUCUGGGCCUGUUCGUUUAUGAGGACAAACCGGUUCGUCAGUAUUCAAAUGUAAUAUUUCAAACAUUCAAUUCAAUUCAAAUUUAUUCCGAUAAUACUGAUAGUAACGUUACUGCAGUAGGCCUAUCUUAACGGACUAGCAAAUGUUAAUACAUGCCUAAGAAGUCUUUGUCAAGGCUCGUCUGAAAGUAGUAUAAAAUCACCAGGUCUGUCUUUAUUUCAUAAACUAACAACACUGGUCCAACCUUUUGUACCGCAAAAACGAAAACGGCCCUGUGAACAUUUACGCACGAUAAACAUGAUUGGUGUACGCUGUACGAUCUGUAGCAAAAUUACGCCUUUAAUGAAGUAUCGAGAAACAUUAUUCAGGUUAGGAAAUAACCUAGAUCUCUGAGUCGUCAUCAGCCAAUCAAAAUACAGGAUUCCUGACAGUAGAUCGGGAAGACUUCUUCUCGACAAUUUUGAUUCUUAAAUGAUUUUAAAUAAAUUUAAACCACCUGUUUCAGCUAAACGGAUCCAGAAAAGUUCCUAUAUAUAUAAAAUUUAAAUGAGCGAUACAAAUUACUGCGCUGAAAAUUGGAAACGGCCUGAACCGUGAGCGUACCGUGAUGCGAGAUCAAAAUACUGUGAACCGAACCGUGCCACUUAUACCGCGAUAUACCGUACCACGGAUUACCGUUGCAGCACUAUAUGACGUGUUGUAAAAUUCAUACGAAGAUUAUGUGAAAGGAUGAUGCAGACAUAUACAUUGUAUAGGAAUCUGAUCAGUUUGAAUAGUCUGUAUCAACAGAUUUUGACAGAAAAGGUCAGACAAUCAUGUCUUCAGUACAUCUGCUCUACUACAUGUACAAUAUGUCAGCUGAAAAACUUCACUGUGUUUUGUUGUAUUUCAACAUAACCCAAACCCCCACCGUUCUAUCUUGACAUAUCAAAUCCCUUUUUAUAAAUGGUAGAGUGUCUUUGAACAAAUUGAUCUGAUGCAUUAGCUAUUUGAGUGCCAUGUCUGGGCUAUGUAAUGAUACUGAGUUACAAAUGUCAGUCCUUGGAUUGUAAGAAUUUAUACACUUGUCAUCUCAGACGGGGUAGCUCGGCAGUAAUGGAUUGGGAAUCAUUGUCAGGAUAUAUUUUCUUAAAUCACUGUUAAUCCUAGACGUUUUUUUUUUGUGAAAUAGAAUUAUGAAUUUUUUAUCCUUUUUGCAUACAAUACAAACAAUAUGGUGGUACAUUGUUUGGUCAACUUGUCAUUUUUUUUAUUUAUAAACAAAUAUUUUGUAUUUGAAAAUUGUCACUCAAAGCGAUACAAUAUAUCCUGUAGGUAAAUGGCCAUACUUUGCUCAGUCUGUCCACAACAUUUCUGAAGUGCCCUAUGUAGUGAGUGUGACCAUAGUUCAUCUAACAAAAGUUAGAGGGGUAUAUUGGAAUCAGCUAAUCUGUCUGUUUGUAGAAAAUCGUUAAUGUUGUUUGGACAUCUUUAAUUUGUGGACAAAUUUCAAUGAAAACUACACAGGAAUGUCUGGGAUGAAACUUUUGAGAAUGAUUAAAAAAAUAGCUGUGGUCAAACAGAGAAUAAAAUAACAACCAGAUUGUUACAGGUCUUUGGGUCAACAGGUGAAAAGUGUUCACAAUUUUAGAUUUUGAUACCUUUGUCAGUAAGGAGUCCCAUUUUUAUUAGACUUUUAAUCACAAAAUCAUACCAGCACAUGAAUGUUUAUUUUCUGUAAAGGACAAAUCAACCUUAUUUCACAAGAAUAUAUGAAUAUAAUAUCAA